AUAACCAGGACCAAAAACCCGAGUUCAGGAUUUCUUCAUUCAUUUUUAAUGUUUUGGUAAAAUAAUGUCCCUGGUUAUUUGUAUGUAUGUAAAUUUGUCCCCGUUACCAUUGCGCACCGGACUGUCCCCUCUCGUGGAUACCGUUAUUUCUCUAUUUUCUUGGCAAAUACAAGAACUUCAAUGGGGAUUAACAGGCAUUUGUGCAGGAUUGCAUUUAUAGCGACUCUUCUCAAUUUUUCUUCUCAUGUGAGGGUCAUUCCUUCUGAAUGUGAUCCGGACUACAUUUUACUACAAGAUGAGGAGAGCUGCUACAAGGACCUGCUCAACAUGAACAUCAGCCAGACUGACUCUCAAACAGGGUGCAGGGGUUAUUGGGAUCACCUGAACUGCUGGCCUCACGCUGCAGUCGGGGAGACCAUGUCUCAACCAUGCCCCAGAUUCCUCCACACCACAGGCAGAGUUUACAGGAACUGCACAGAGCACGGCUGGACUGAGCCGUUUCCAUCACAUGAGAUAGCCUGUGAGUAUGCCUUCAACGAGACCUUCACCUUCCCUUUUGAGGCUCACAGGUCCCAUGGCUACUUCUUCUAUGUGCAGGUCAUGUACUCUGUGGGCUACGCCAUCUCUACCACAUCCAUUACCAUCGCCACGGUCACACUCUGUCUGUUCAGGAGGCUCCACUGCACUCGUAACUACAUCCACAUCCAGCUCUUCCUGUCCUUCAUCCUCAGAGCCACCCUGAUCUUCAUCAGAGACGCUGUGCUCUUCUCCUCGGACGACCACUUCCACUGUGACUCCUACCCGGCCAGCUGUAAGAUUGUGACGAUGUUCUCCAAUUACUGCAUCUUGGCUAACUACAGCUGGUUGCUGGCCGAGGGACACUACCUUUACAGCCUGGUCAGCGUCUCCCUGUUCUCCCAAAAGAGGCACCUUUGGUGGUACAUCAUCCUUGGCUGGGGUUCUCCGAUGGUCAUUAUAAUAGCCUGGAGCUUGGCUAAAUAUAUCCAUGAGAAUAAAGGUUGCUGGGAGACGAGGGGGUACGAGUGGAUCUGGUGGAUUCUCAGAGCUCCCGUUCUCCUCUUCAUUGUUGUUAACUUGUUGUUUUUUCUGAGUAUCAUAAAAAUCAUAGUGGCUAAGUUGAGAACGCAGGACAUGCAUGGAAAUGAGUUUAAUCAGUACAAGAGGCUUGCCAAGUCCACCUUCCUUUUGGUAUCUCUCUUUGGUUUGCAUUACAUCCUCUUUGCAUUCCUCCCACAUCAUGUCAAUGACAUAUGGAACUUCAUUGAGCUGGCUUUCGCCUCCACUCAGGGGUUUGUAGUAGCAGUGCUAUACUGUUUUUUAAAUGGAGAGGUUCAGCAUGAGGUCCAGAGGAGAUGGCGGCGAUGGAGGCUGAAGCAACGUUUACCAGGAGAGGCCAGGCACCAACAUGGCUCCAUGGGUCUAGGAGGCCAUACCCAGGUGUCCUUCCUUCCCCGGGGACCAUUCACACACCACUCCAGUCUGGUGUAACACACUCCAGUCUGGUGUAACACACUCCAGUCUGGUGUAACACACUCCAGUCUGGUGUAACACACUCCAGUCUGGUGUAACACACUCCAGUCUGGUGUAACACACUCCAGUCUGGUGUAACACGUGACAUGCCGGCUGACAAUCAAAGGAUCAGACCUCAUUUAAUUACAAUCAAUGUUAAGUGUAUUUGGUCUCCAUGUCUGGUAUGGAUUUACUGUUCUGACCUUUCAUCAUAUAUACACGGAGGUGACAGCACCUGUUAUAAAACCGUCAGCAUGACCACGAAUUCCAAAAGACUUCUGCAAAUGCUAAAGUUAAUUUUUAUUUUUUAUUGACUCAAUGAUGACUAUCUAUGUAGAGUCCAUGCCUUACAAAGAUAUUUAGAACUAUAACCAUCCAAACAAGAGCUGCUGUUGUAAAGUUGAAAGCAAUGUGCUAAUGUGUCCGUGACAGUUCCAAUUUAACCAUCUCAUAUCUGUUGUUACAAAGUGCCUCGCACGUCUUGAUGGCAAUUAGAAAAUAAAAACCUAUCAUCUAUGUAUUAUCAAAUUAAUUGUCAUUA